AUGAACAACCUACCCAAUCUAGGCAGCCUGUCGCCAAUAGGCCAGCUCAAUGGCACUAGUAAGCUGGGUGUCUUCACCACAACCUCCGACACUCUUUCUCAGUUGCCAGGCCUGUCACCCACCAUAGGAAGACGUAACAACCACAGAAACUCCGAGCCUUCAGAUACUUCAAACAGAUGGACGAUCCGCAUCCGACGUCUGCCACCCCAAUUUGGUGAGGAUGCGCUCAGAAGCAUGCUCAUCUUCGCUACUGACCUCGACGGCACCAAAUUUGUACACUCAUCAGACAGCCUGGAAGAUUCUGGUUUCAGCACUGCCACUGCUACCUUUCACUCCGAGGCUGGUGCCAUGGAAGCCAAGGAUCGCCUUCACGGAAAGCCUUUUGGUAAGAAUGGAAUAAAAAUGAUUGUCGAGCUUCUGCCCGACUCUCAAUCCCAAUCCCAAUCCGCGUACAAUGGUUCGAGACGCAAUACUGUCGACGGUACGGCAGCUCGACAACAAACUGGCUCCGGCGGUUCGAGUAACGGUUCGGAGGCUCCCUUGAGUCGUCAGUCUUCUCGCUUCAGUACCAGUUGGGGCGUAAGCUCACCACUCACGUCUCCGCCUGUUGCUGUUGCCCAGUCCUUCGAGUUUCCCGCUCCUGACAGCAGCAAUCAUAUUCAAAGCAUCUUCUCUCCUCAGUCUCCGCACGCCAAUGGUUACCCUGGUCCGAACCGAAUCUCUGGGAAGUCUGUUAUCAACGACGGCAACGACGACGACGAAACCGGAGAGCUCCUCAAGGAUCCAGUUGGUUACGCCAAAAACGGACGAAAUGCCUUGACGGGUCACAGCAAUCCUGUUCCCCAAUUUGGCAACCUAUCUGUUGAGACAGGCGCCAUGAACGGAAGUGGUUACCCUCACUACGUGACCUCUCCCACGAGCCCCAACUACACUUCGCCGCAUUCAAUGCGGUCGCCGCCCUUGCCAGCUUCUUCCAGGCCUUCGAAUGUCACCACAAACGGAAGCUUCUCGCACAAAAAUCUGAGACAUGAUUUCCCUCCUGCCAACCCUGCCGACCAGCACCCUCCAUGCAAUACCUUGUAUGUGGGCAAUCUUCCGCUUCACACCAGUGAGGACGAGCUCAAGUCUUUGUUCUCCAAAGCAAGAGGUUUCAAGCGACUCUGUUUCCGUACAAAAGCCAAUGGCCCGAUGUGUUUCGUCGAGUUCGAGGAUGUGACUUAUGCAUCACAUGCCCUCCAUGAAUUGUAUGGCGUACAAUUGCACAACAGCUACAAGGGAGGCAUCCGGGUCAGCUUCUCUAAGAAUCCUCUAGGCGUUAGAAGCGACAACCCAAAACAUUCCAUGAGCCCUCACGCAGGUCAUCCAGGUUUCAGCAACGGAACGGGUCCUGGAUUCAGCACUGCAGCAGGUCCACCUCCUGGACUGAUGGCUCCUGGUCUACAUGGCCCGCCAACUCAGUCCCCACCACCACCUAUGCUGCAACACUCUAAUCCUAUGCCGCCCAUGCAACAGAAUAGCGCUAUUCGUGGGUUUACGCACAACUUCAGGAGUAUUCCCCCUCAGAGUCAUUCCCAACCGGGUAUGAACAGCUACCCUCAAGCUUCACGCAACAUCUCACCUGUUCAAUACUCGAAUCCGGCAGCGUUUAGCAGUAUGAACAGCUUCAUGGACUGUCCUCCUAACGCAACCUCGUACUCCAACGGCAGCGGCCACAACGGUUAUGCUGGCUACGGAAAAUAG